AAUGGAUUCACCACCAUCGUAUAUUGAAGCUAUUUCCGCUUAUUUUAAGUGUAGAUUCGUUGAUUUCGCACCUAUAUGCAUAAAAGGUAAAGAUCUAUUUUCGCCACCAAAAUAUGAACCAUUUAGUUAUGAUAAAGCUCUAAAUGAUUUUCACAACAUAAUCCUGAAUAAAAAUCCAACACCUGGAAAGAUUCUUAAUAUUGAAGUUGUUGCUAUAAAUAAAAGUACCAAUGAUGUAGAAGACGCUGAUGGAAGCCUUCUUGCAGAAGAUGCUAAGCCUAACGGAUUUGUAUCAACAAUUUUUAGACUGUUUUAUUUAAAUGGACCUCGUUUAUAUGAGAAAAUUGCAUUGAAGUCAAACAUCACCGAUAGAAUUGAUUAUACGCUAUCUAAACAUUCUUUAGGAUAUUUUUUCAAUGUUAUUAGGGUAUUCUAUGUUACUGGACAAGAUAGUCGAGUUGAUUAUCCCAUUAAUGUAUCGUGUAGAGUGUUUCUGCCUGCGGUAUUGGUUACAAAACUGCUUAAUCGUCAUGUUUUUGAAACAUAUGAUGAAUUGUAUUCAAGAGAAAUCUUGCCAUUCAUAACAUAUAAUUCACAUGCUAAAGUUAUUAAUUAUGAAAUUGUUCCUGCAUAUCCACAAGACGAUCCACAAAUUAUGUCUCAUACGAGAAUAGACAAAGGCGCAGUUCUGAUAGUUGCAAGCGUGAGAGUGUAUUUUAAUGAAAAUAUAAGAGAACCGCCUAUCGGCGUUAUCCAACCUAAACCAAUUCCUAUUCGCGAAGAUGCUGGCCGUUACUCUAUGUCCUAG